AUGGAAUCUCUCGGUAGGAAUCCAUCAAAGAAGGCAAUACGGAGCCCUGCAGGUCCAGGAGCUCAGAGCUCCCGAAACCAAAAUGGGCAAGCAAUAAAAUUUGCUAGGCGGACCUCGAGCGGGCGCUAUAUCAACCUUUCUAGGGAGGACCUUGAUAUGUCUGGGGAGAUUUCAGGUGACUACAUGAACUACACAGUGCACAUUCCUCCGACGCCAGACAAUCAGCCAAUGGACACAUCGGUUGCAGUUAAAGCUGAGGAGCAAUACGUGUCCAAUUCUUUGUUUACUGGAGGAUUCAAUAGUGUUACUCGAGCCCACCUCAUGGAUAAAGUGAUUGAUUCAGAGGUAACCCACCCACAAAUGGCCGGAGCCAAGGGCUCGGCCUGUGCCAUGCCCGCCUGCGAUGGCAAGGUCAUGAGGGAUGAAAGAGGAAAUGAUGUAACCCCUUGCGAAUGCAGGUUCAAAAUUUGCAGAGACUGCUACCUAGAUGCACAAAAGAGCACAGGUUUGUGUCCAGGGUGCAAAGAGCCGUAUAGGGUUGGAGAUUUCGAUGAUGAUCCACCAGAUACUUCUAGUAGAGCCUUGACAUUGCCUGCUCCAGAUAACAUGGACCCAAAAAUGUCUAUGGUAAAAUCAACAAACAAGUCUUUGCUUAUGAGGAACCAAACAGGAGACUUUGAUCAUAAUAGGUGGCUUUUUGAGACAAAGGGGACGUAUGGCUAUGGCAAUGCAUUUUGGCCUAAUAAAGACUCUGACGAUGAUGGGGAAGGGCUUGAAGGGGGCAUGGUGGAAACUGAUGAUAAGCCAUGGAGGCCCCUCAGUCGAAAAUUGCCAAUUCCAGCAGCAAUCAUCAGCCCUUAUAGGUUGCUAAUUGCAGUUCGGUUUGUGGUUCUAUGCUUGUUCUUGCAUUGGCGUGUGACACAUCCCAAUGAGGAAGCACUUUGGCUUUGGGGAAUCUCAAUUGUGUGUGAAAUAUGGUUUGCCUUCUCAUGGAUUCUAGAUCAAGUUCCCAAGCUUUUCCCAGUCAACCGGUCUACUGACCUCUCUCUCUUAAGGGACAAGUUUGACAUGCCAUCUCCAUCUAAUCCCACCGGGAGGUCUGAUCUUCCAGGCGUAGACAUGUUUGUGUCUACUGCUGACCCAGAAAAAGAGCCACCACUUGUUACUGCCAACACCAUUCUAUCAAUUCUAGCAGCUGAUUACCCCGUGGAGAAGUUGUCCUGUUAUGUCUCAGAUGAUGGUGGAGCUUUGCUUACUUUUGAGGCCAUGGCCGAGGCUGCGAGCUUUGCUGACUUGUGGGUUCCAUUCUGUCGGAAACAUGAUAUUGAGCCAAGGAAUCCAGAUACCUAUUUUUCCUUGAAGGGUGACCCUACAAAGAACAAGAGGAGGUCUGAUUUUGUGAGGGACAGGAGGAGAAUUAAGAGGGAGUAUGAUGAAUUUAAAGUGAGGAUUAAUGGCCUUCCGGACUCAAUUAGGAGAAGAUCAGAUGCGUUUAAUGCAAGGGAAGAGAUGAAGAUGUUGAAGCACAUGAGGGAGAGUGGGGCUGAUCCUUUGGAGCCCAUAAAGGUUCAAAAGGCUACCUGGAUGGCUGAUGGGACUCAUUGGCCUGGGACUUGGGCAGUCCCUUCCCGUGAUCACGCCAAAGGUGAUCAUGCAGGGAUUCUUCAGGUGAUGCUAAAGCCUCCCAGCAGUGAACCCUUAAUAGGUGGUGCCGAAGAUAAGAUCAUUGACUUUACAGACGUGGACAUUCGUCUCCCAAUGUUUGUAUAUGUUUCACGAGAGAAGCGUCCUGGCUAUGAUCACAAUAAGAAGGCUGGCGCCAUGAAUGCUCUGGUUCGGGCCUCUGCUGUUCUAUCCAAUGGUCCAUUCAUUCUCAACCUCGACUGUGACCAUUACAUUUACAACUGCCAAGCCAUUCGUGAAGGCAUGUGCUUCAUGAUGGACCGAGGAGGUGAAGACAUCUGCUACAUUCAAUUUCCUCAACGGUUUGAAGGGAUAGACCCCUCUGAUCGUUACGCUAAUAACAACACUGUGUUUUUCGAUGGUAACAUGCGAGCACUAGAUGGAGUUCAGGGACCCUUUUACGUGGGAACUGGUUGCAUGUUUAGGCGAUUUGCACUCUAUGGGUUUGAUCCACCUCAGGCAGAUAAGGUUGUACACAAACCUAACGCAGAGGCAUAUGUACUGAAGCCAAGUGAUUUUGAUCCUGACCUAGAUGUGGAACAACUGCCAAAGCGAUUUGGCAACUCUAAAAUCCUGGCUGAGUCAAUACCCAUUGCUGAGUUCCAAGGUCGUCCUCUUGCUGAUCACCCUGCUAUCAAAUAUGGCCGACCUCCAGGUGUCCUGAGGGGUCCUCGUCCGCCGCUUGAUUCCGCCAUUGUUGCUGAGGCAGUCUCUGUGAUCUCUUGCUGGUACGAGGACAAGACGGAGUGGGGGGAUCGAGUGGGUUGGAUUUAUGGGUCGGUUACAGAAGAUGUGGUAACGGGCUACCGCAUGCACAACCGUGGUUGGCGCUCAGUUUACUGCAUUACAAAGCGUGAUGCAUUCCGUGGAUCAGCUCCAAUCAACCUUACUGAUCGACUGCAUCAGGUGCUGCGGUGGGCUACUGGUUCUGUUGAGAUAUUCUUCUCUCGAAACAAUGCAUUCUUAGCAAAAUCCCGUCUCAAAUUCCUUCAGCGACUGUCCUACAUCAAUGUCGGAGUCUAUCCCUUCACUUCCAUGUUCCUCAUUAUGUAUUGCUUCCUCCCUGCACUCUCACUAUUUUCUGGACACUUCAUUGUCCAGACCUUAAACGUAGCGUUUCUGGUCUAUUUACUUAUCAUAACAAUUUGCCUCAUUAGUCUAGCCAUCCUGGAGGUAAAAUGGUCGGGAAUAGGACUUGAGGAGUGGUGGAGGAAUGAACAGUUUUGGCUAAUUUCAGGAACUAGUGCUCAUUUAGCUGCUGUGAUACAAGGUCUGUUGAAGGUGAUGGCUGGAAUUGAGAUAUCUUUCACGUUAACGUCCAAGGCUGUAGAGGACAGUGACGAUAUAUACGCAGAGCUGUACCUGGUGAAGUGGACAUCACUGAUGAUACCCCCUAUCACCAUUGCCAUGGUGAACAUAAUCGCCAUGUUUACUGCAUUUGCGAGGACAGUCUACAGCACCACGCCUCAAUGGAAUAAGUUUGUUGGUGGAGCUUUCUUUAGCUUCUGGGUGUUGGCUCAUCUGUAUCCUUUUGCCAAGGGGCUGAUGGGAAGGAGGAGGAAGACGCCAACAAUUGUUUUUGUUUGGUCAGGUCUGAUCGCAAUCACAUUGUCGUUGCUUUGGAUGGCCUUAACUCCACCGACGGUGGGUGGUACAGCACCAGCUGAUGGAGGUGGAGGAUUUCAAUUCCCUUGAAACUUGAGAGUGCAAAUAGAAGUGAGUUCUCUCUAUAGUU